CAGCGACGGAACUUGCCGGCUUGCAGCUUUGAUGCUGAGAGCUGAGAGCUGAGCAUGGGCAGGGUGUGAGACAAGCUGGAUGUCCGCGGCCGGCAGCUUGCACCGGGCACUAGCUGGGUGGACGCGGCGCCUCUGCUGCUCCAGCUCCAGCUCCAGCUCCAGCUCCUGCUCCAGCUCCAGCCCGCACCUCCGGCAGCUCAACAUGUCCCUCAGGCCGGCCAGACAGCGCAGGAGGGACAAGCCUCCUCCCGACACCCUGCGCCACCUCAAGUCCAGGGAGAAGAGGAAGCAUGGGGACAUGCAUGGUCCUGCCACUGUGUACAUGCAGGUGGUGGGGACGGGCAGCAGGGAGAACGGUGCAUCUCUCUAUGUAUUCUCAGAAUACAACAGAUAUCUCUUCAACUGUGGUGAAGGGACACAGAGACUGAUGCAGGAACACAAGCUAAAGAUUUCUCGUCUCGACAACGUGUUUGUGACCAGGAUGAGUUGGAACAAUGUUGGAGGAUUAUCUGGUUUGAUUUUGACAUUGAAGGACACCGGGGUUCCCAAAUGUGUCUUUUCCGGACCACCACAAUUUGAGCAAUACUUGGCAGCGAUAAGAACAUUCUCUGGCUCGCUACAAGGAAUAGAUUUAGCUGUACGCCCUUACACAGAGCCACACUAUGUUGAUGAUACUAUGGCUGUGUAUCAGGUGCCCAUAUUUGCCAAACUGGACUUCAAGAAAUCCCCAGGGUCCCCUGGACAAUCAAGUUCACCGAAAUCUACAAAGCGGCAACGGAAAGAUUCUGGGGAUCACCUGCCGGAAAAGCAAAAUGACAAUCCAGAAAGAAGCCCAAAAAAAUCAAGAGAUCCUUCCCUGGUAGUGGCUUUUGUUUGCAAGCUUCACCCUAAGAAAGGAAAUUUCCUUGUUAUGAAGGCAAAGGAGCUUGGUCUUCCAGUAGGCACCUCGGCCAUUGGUCCCAUUGUUGCUGCCUUGAAGGCAGGAAAGAGUGUUGUGUUUGAGGGGAAGGAGAUCAGACCGGAAGAAGUGUGCACGCCUGCUGAUCCGGGGCCCACUUUCCUUGUAUUGGAAUGUCCCAGUCGGGAGUUUAUCCAACCCGUGUGUGAGAACGAACAGCUCCAAAAGUAUCUGGCUGGUGGGAGUGAAGGCCCCACUGCAUUAGUGGUCCACAUGGUGCCUGAGGCGGUUUUGGCAGACAAUGUGUAUAAGUCGUGGAUGGCAAGGUUUGGGCCGACCACAGAACACCUAAUCCUCAAUGAAAAUAAUCAAACCGUUCACAAUCUGCGUAGCCAUAAAAUCCAGACGCAACUCAACCUUAUUCAUUCGGACAUCUUCCCGCUAUUGAAAACCUUUCAGACCAAGGACGAGCCUGCCUCCCUCUCUGUGCCAAUAGUUCGAGGACACUGUCUGCUAAAGUAUCAACUACGGCCCAAAUUUGAAUGGCAAAGGGAUGCUGUGGUUGAAGUUGACACAAAGGAAUUUAUUAAUGAGGCAAUGGAAAUCCCAGGCUUCAUGGCACAGGUUGAAGAGUGCAAGCGAGUAUUAGCUGCAAACCCUGCUCUUCCAUCAGAUAAUGUUGACAAAUAUCCAGAGGUCGUUUUCCUUGGAACGGGCUCUGCGAUCCCCAUGAAGAUCCGAAAUGUUAGCUCCAUCAUUCUAAACAUAGACUCCACACGAUCAAUAUUAUUGGACUGCGGUGAAGGCACCUUUGGACAACUCUGUCGCCACUAUGGUAAUGAUGUGGACAGGGUCCUCUGUAAUUUGUCAGCCAUCUUUGUGUCCCACAUGCAUGCUGAUCAUCACACAGGCCUGAUAAAUAUAUUGUUGGAACGAGAAAAGGCUUUGGUUGCCCUGGGUGAAUCCUUCAGCCCGGUUACACUUGUGGGCCCAGCACAGAUCAUGAACUGGUUGAAUCAGUACCACAGUCAUUGCCAGAAGAUUCUGCGACAUAUCAAUCUCAUUCCUGCAUGGCAUCUUGUGGAAGGUAGCAAAGUUACCAAGUUCAACACUCAAGACUUGAUCCACUCUUUGUUAAAGAAGCUUGAACUGGAAAAGUUUCAGACCUGCGUGGUGCGACACUGCAGGAAUGCCUUCGGCUGCAUCCUACAGCACAAUUCAGGCUGGAAAAUUGUGUACUCGGGAGAUACCAUGCCUUGUACAAACCUCAUUCAGACAGGGCAGAAUGCCAACCUGCUGAUUCACGAGGCUACACUGGAAGAUGGACUUGAGGAAGAAGCUAUUGAGAAAACACACAGCACAACCUCUCAAGCCAUUGAUGUGGGCAUGAAGAUGAAUGCAGAAUUCAUAAUGUUAAACCAUUUCAGCCAGAGAUAUGCAAAGAUCCCCCUGUUCAGUGCGGACUUCAAUGAAAAAGUUGGAAUAGCAUUUGACCAUAUGAGGGUUCGGUUUGGUGACUUCAAGGUGGUGCCUAAACUCAUUCCAUCUCUGAAAACCCUAUUUGCGGAUGAGAUUGAAGAGAUGGAGGAACGGCGUGAGAAGCGAGAGCUUCGACAGUUGAAGGAGGUCCACGGCUCUUUCAGCACAAAUGGACCAGGGACUCGGGGGCAGUCUUCAGUUCCGAGGAUCAGUGAGACGGCUGAUGAAAUGAAACGGGAGCUGGAGGGCUCUGAUCAAGAUGCAGUCCACAAAAGAGUAAAACUGACUUGAGAUACUGCUGGUGAUGAAAUCCUGGAACGCCAUGCUGUUGGCAAAGCCAAUCUUCUACAUUUGAGAAAAUAUUGAACCAGUUUUACAUUGUUGCAUAGAUGAGAUUAUUGUACAGAAUUAUUGUGAACGGGCUGAAAAUAUGCAGUUUGAUCUGAUUAUAUUUGUAUUUUUAUUUUGAUUUUGAACAUUACUCUGCAGUCCACAUGUGCAUUGUUCAGUACCCACACGCUAAGACAUCUUCAUCCACUCCCACCCUUCUUCAUAUUGCAGCAUGGUCUUUCCAGCAUCUCUGCUUCCUGCAAAUACGGACUGAAGGAGCACAUCCGUUCUUCAGUUGCUCUAAAUGUGUAAGGCAAAUAAUUAAAUAUUUGAGAGGAAUAUUAUGAGAUAAACAUGCACCAUAGGAGUCUGUCUUUUGGUUUCUGGUACCUUUCAGUUUUUCAAUCGGGUAUUUGGUUUUAUGCCUGAAACGGGUUACCCAAAGCUGUUGCCAUCUCCGCCCCUCGCCUCUUGGUUUGCCCCUCACCUCUGCCAUUGCUUAGCCCACCUAGAAACCUGCAACACAGUCAGAAUGACUUUGCUAUCCUAGCCCUUGGAAAUCCUCAACCAUGUUCAACAACUAAUCCAGUUCACAUUAGGAACUCCCGUGUUUUGAUGGGGGAGAUGGCACUCCCAUGUCUUGCUUCAGAUGGUGUUCAGCAAUUUCCAUACUCAAAAUAAAGGUUGUUACCUGAAGACCACCAUCAGUUCCAAGAAUCAGUGAGAUGGCCAACAAAAUGAAACAGGAUGAAGGACCUGAUUAAGAUGCAGACCGCAAAAUAAUAAAACUGACUUGAGAAGCUGCUGUUAGUGAAAUCAUUAUUUGGCAGUCCUGGGAGUAAAUGCCUCUAUAAACUAUCUUCAUAGUAAGAAGAUAGACACAAAAAGCAGGAGGAACUCAACGGGUCAGACAGCAUCUCUGGAUAGAAGGAAGAGGUGACAUUUCGGGUUGAGACCCUUCUUCAGUCUGAAGAAAGGCCUUGACCUAAAAUGUUAAGGUCUGCGAAGGGACUCGACCCGAAAAGUCACGUGUUCCUUUUCUCCAGAGUCUGCCCUGCUGAGUUACUCCAGGUUUUUAUAUCUAUCUUCAGCUUAAACCAGCAUCUGCAGUUCCUUGCUACACACUUCACGGAAAGAACAUGUGCAGCAACUCUCCCUUGAUUAAUGAUUGUACUGUGUACCUAAUUUAUUUAGAAUUUAAUGUUUAGAAUAAUACAUCUUGAUGCUCGGGAUAUUGUCCUGGAAUCCCCAUUUCCGUGAAAGUUAUUUCCCAGCCAGGAUUUCUUGCACGGAUGUGAAAGGAAAUUUGAAAUUCUGGUAUAUUUAUUUUAGUGCUGAAAAGAUUUAUUUCAAUUGACAUUUUAUCUUUGUUCAUAUCUAACUAGUCCUGACAGGGCAGUGUUUCACUCUUGCGAUGACCACAUUGGUACAAGAAGUUUAGAUUUAAUGUGUUCACUAAACUGGUGAGUGCCAUCUUUAACAGGAGUUUGCUUCUAAUGCAUUGAAGAACUGGAGAAUGUGGGGGAACUGAGGUAAUGGCCUUUUGCGCUGUGGAUAUGACAUCAUAUGAACGAACCCAAAAAUGUAUACAUUAAUAAUGUAAAUUAAAGCUGUAAGUGGAACCUUGUGCGGAAGGUUUUUUAAUUGAAAAUUGGGAGCCAGAAGGUCGCAAGUGAUAGGAGCUGAAAUAGGCCAUUCAGCCCAUCAAGUCUAUUUUGCCAUUCAAUCAUGGCUGAGCUAUCUCUCCCUCGCAACCCCAUUCUCCUGCCUUCUCCCCAUAACGCCUUAAAAAUAUCCAUUGACUUGGCCUCCUCAGCCUUCUGUGGCAAAGGAUUCCCCAGGUUGACUAAAGAAAUUCCUCCUCAUCUCCUUCUUAAAGGAACAUCCUUGAAUUCUGAAGCUAUGACCUCCAGCCCUAGACUCUCCCACCAGUGGAAAUAUCCGCUCCACAUCCACACUAUCCAAGCCUUUCACUAUUCGGUAAGUUUCAAUGAGCUUCCCCCUCAUCCUUCAAAACUCCAGCAAGUACAGGCCCAGUGCCAUCAAACGCUCAUCAUAUGUUAACCCACUCAUUCCUAGGAUUCCAUGGAGAGGUACAAAAAUCAGGAUCGCCAGCGGAUUUUUCGGGUUCAGCAGCUUGUGACGAAAAAGUAAUAAUUCUGGCAGUCAUCACAGACAUAAACCGCCUAUGAAAAAUGCAAAAAAAAGACUAGCUAGACGAGAACAUUGCCAUGGCAAACCUUCCCAAAAUUGAUACAAUUCUUGAGUAAAUCUGUUGAAAUGCUAUGACGAAAGAUUUUUGUUUAUGAGAUCAAAUUUCAGUGAAAACUGUUAAAUGAAUUAAAAAUCCAUACC